UGCAUAACUAAUGAGCCCUCAGCCCUAGAUAAAUAAAGUGGGGCUAGUGACUGCUCUUUGCAUAUGCUAGCUCACUAUCCACAGUGUAGGCUUUAACAAGAUAAAGGGAUUAUGGACCGUUUAUAGAUACUUUUGAUCAAUUACUACUCGAAUAAGAUGUUGGAGAUGCUUGAAUACAGCCACUAUCAGGUGCAGUCCCACCUGGAGAGUCCCACGAAGUACCACAUCCAGCAAGCUCAGACGCAGCAGGUGAGGCACUAUCUAUCAUCCACCCUGGGUGGUAAAGCCAGCAGUCAGUGCUCCAGUCAGCCCCCCGAGCAUGGCAUGCCACCCGGGCCUGGCAGCAGCGCUCCAAACAGUCCAAUGGCCCUGCUCACUCUGAGCUCCAACUGUGAGAAAGAGAUGGAUGAUGUCAUCGAUGAUAUUAUAAGCUUGGAGUCAAGUUACACUGACGAUGUUCUUGGACUUAUGGACCCUACUCUACAAAUGAAUAACACGCAGCUCCCUGUGUCUGGUAACCUUCUUGAUGUUUAUGGCAACCAAGGACUCCAACUACCAGGCCUUGGCAUCAGCAACUCUUGUCCAUCCAACAUUAAGAGGGAAUACACAGUAACUCCAGCUCCUGGCAUGAAGCAAGUACUGGACAAGACUGGAUCCUGUGGCCAGUAUGAAAGCUAUCACAGGUCAGAGGGCUUUCCAGUAGAAGCUGAAGUACGUGCUCUUGCUAAAGAGAGACAGAAGAAAGACAACCACAACUUAAUUGAACGAAGACGGAGAUUUAACAUAAAUGAUCGCAUCAAAGAACUCGGAACCCUGAUACCCAAGUCAAAUGACCCAGACAUGCGCUGGAAUAAAGGCACCAUUCUGAAAGCCUCAGUGGACUAUAUCAGGAGGCUACAACGGGAGCAGCAGAGAGCCAAGGAGCUAGAAUGCCGACAGAGGAAGCUGGAGCAUGCAAACCGCCAUCUGAUGCUCCGUAUACAGGAGUUGGAAAUCCAGGCCCGAGCUCAUGGUCUCACAUUGGUAUCAUCCUCAUCUGUCUGCGCAACGGAAUUGAUGGCCAGAGCCAUUAAACAGGAGCCCCUCCUCAGUGACUGUCCCUCAGAUCUCUACCAGCAAAGCACAACUCCAGACAUGUCUCCUCCAACCACACUUGACCUCAACAAUGGAACAAUAACCUUUGACCAGAUACCAGCAGAUGCUGGGGACCCUGGCCCUUAUGGAAACACCAGGACGUGUAAAAUGAAAGAAUUGGUAAGGGAUAACACCCUGUCACCAAUUUCACCAAAUGACCCCCUGUUUUCCUCCAUGUCCCCGGAUUGCUCCAACAACAGCAGCCACCACGGUUCCAGCUCUGGUAUGGAGGAGAAUGAUCAAGGCUGUUAGCAUCAUUUAAUGCAAUGAACGAUACUUGUACUGAGACUUUCUUUCUGCCCAUUAAUGAGGCACAUCCCCUAAAGUGACUUAAAGGUCCAGUGAGUAGGCAGGUAAUUGAACUGAAAAUGGUUUUUACCUUAUCUAUAUUCCUGUAUUUUUUCUCCUUUUACCCAUUUUCAGAACCCCAAUGUUUAAAUACUGUAUUUUAAUAGUUCUUAUUUUGUACACAGUAUUUUUAACAGUGACAGAGGAACAAAAUACUAAAGUCUGCUGUUAUAUAGAGAGGCCAACAAAAGCUUGAGUUUAUUUCUGUUUGUCGUAAAUAUCUACUUUGUACUGUUAGUGACAAAAGAAACUUAACGUAGACAAACAUGAUACUGGUGGUGAAGUGCAGAGAGCUGUUCUUUGUUCUUAAGAUAAUAACCUGUCCUUCUGAGAAAGGUUUUAUUGAAAGAAUCUCUUUUAUAAUGUGCUUUCAAACACAUUGUGAAUCUUUUCUUAUUCUGACUCAAUAUAGCUCAAUAUAACAUCACAACUUUAACUUCAAGAUUUAAUAAGUAAAGACACACAUGGUCAGACAAUAAACGGUAAAAAAAAAAAAAAAAAAAAAAAAAAAAUUCUUAGGAAGUUCUAAAUAUAGAAUUUUAGGACCACUGUAUGAAAAAAAGCCAUCAGGAAGGUGGGGGUUAAUAUACAGAUAUGUCUCAGAAUAAGCAAAGUUGAAAGGGAACAAGAAACUUUAAUUCAGAGUUAAAUUUGUAGAUU